GGGGUGGUCGCUUAGGCGGUUUUGGGAUAAACUGGAUGGAUAUAGAUAUACUAUAGCCACUUACUAACACCAACCAAACCCAGCCUAUCCUGGCACCAAACCCUCCGCCAACCCCUCACCUCCAACGCCGACUUCCUGUCCGCCACCCUGCGCAUCCCCCCCUCCUACCGGGGCCAUUUCCGCCUCGUCUUCGCCUUCGCCGUCUCCGGCGUCGUGCAUCUGCUCAUGGACGUGGGGUUCGGCGUCCCCACGUCUGACAGCGGCGCGCUGUGGUUCUUUUGUCUGCAGGUUGGGGGCAUCGCCCUCGAGACCCUUGUGUGGCGCGCUGGUGCGUCCCUGUGGCUGCGCGUUCCCCGGGGGGUCGGCCGCGCGGUCGGCUUUGUCUGGGUCGCCGGUUUCAUGUUGUGGACGCUGCCCGUGUGGGUCAAUCCGAUUCUGGUGCAGUUGUUUGCUGAUGGGGUGAGGAUGAUGUCGCCGUUUUUGGGCAUGCGGGGAUGGUGGGUUUGACUUUUUCUUUUCCUUUUGAAUUGGGGGGGUUU